AUGUUGGGUUCAGCACAAGAAGAGGAUGAUCUGUCAGCACUGAAAAUAGCAUUUGAGAACACCACCAAUCAACACAACAUCUACCAUCAUUCCCUAAUUUCAUCUCCCUUAUUGCACGAUUUGCAUCAAGUUUCUGGCUCUAUAGAUGAUUUCAUAAACUGUUCUGACGCUUUACAGUUUGACACUGGGGGUCACAAUGGCCUGAACUCAAUGAUGAUUAACUCCAGCCAAUCAAAUUUUGACGAUCUUUCGAUGUCACUGAUGCAUUCUCACAACUUAUCACCGUUUAGUACCGGCUUCUUCAAUGGUUUGAGUUCUUCACCUAGACCAGAACCCUCAAUAGAAUCGACCACGAAUAACUUACUAGACAAUAGGAAUGCUGUCACUAGCACACUGGCCGACUCGUCAUCAGGAAGUGUUUGCACCAGCGUGGCGGCCAGUUCGACGGAUGUGGACGAGGCAUUGCUGAGAUCGAUGGAGGAAGUUGAGUGCUUUUUUGAUUUGACCCCGUCGCCUUCUAUACUGGGGACUCCUGCUUCUUCUAGCUCUAUGCUGGCCAACCACGUAGCCCAUUCGUACAACCCUUCGUCAUCCCAGACCAUAUCCUCACCUGAAGAUAGCAUCGUUCUUUUCAGUCCCCACGACAGCAACAACAAUAACAUCAACGCCAACAACAUCAAUAGCAACAACAUCAACACCAACAACAUCAAUAGCAACAGCAUCGGCCAUCAAAAUAUUGACAGCAGUAGUUGUGGCAUUCUUAAUGAUUCUAUGUUUAUGAACAAGAGUGUGGACUCUUACGACGUUCUUAAUGUCAACAACAUCAACAACAGCGUUGUCGGUGACGUGAGUGACAGUAAUAAUAAUAACAAUAAUAAUAAAUUGAAUGACUACCCCCCUCCACCUAAAAAACCCUUGUCACCUUACAUGAGAUUCAGUAAAGGGAUAUGGCAAAAGGUGAAGGCAGCGAACCCGGGCAUGACCGUGUGUGAGGUGGGGGCCAACAUUGGUCGGGUCUGGAGGGAGCUCAGUGACUCUGAUAAGCAGCGGUUUAACGAUGAGUUCCUGUCAGAUAAGGCGUCUGAUCUCAUCAAACCCCGGGCUCGAAAAAAAGAUCCCAAAGAGAAGACUGCCAGAGCUAAACCUAGCCGUCAGAACUCGACGAAUUUUACUAAUAGUGGGGCUGUUGUCAUUCAAAAUGGCGGAAAAAUUGAUGAGAUGUUGUUACUACAUCAGCAACAACAAUUUGAUACUCAAUUGUCUCAGGACAUGCUGUCUCAACAAAAUAAUCUUAUACAGUUGCAACAACAACAACAACAACAACAUGAAGACAUAUUACAGCAACAACAAUUACAACAACAGUUACAACAACAGCAACUACAACAACAACAGCAACUACAACAACAACAGCAACUACAACAGUUGCAAGAGCAAGACCAGCAAAGCAUGACAGCAAUGCAAACCAUAGGGUUGAGUCAACACAACAGCAACGACAUCAGUAACAACAUUAACAACAACAACAACAAUACUAAUAAUUGGUCUUUGCAACAACAACAGCUACAGCAGCAGCAACAACAAUUUCAACAACUACAACAACAGCAGCAAUUAAAUGAGGCCUUACUAAACCCAUUUCAGCAAUCUCAACAGCAGCAGCAGCUUCAACAGCAGCAGCAACUUCAGCAGCAGCAGCUUCAACAGCAGCAGCAGCAGCAGAUAGUGUUGAGGAGAUCGAGUUUAGCUCUGAAGAACGAUUUGAACGAUUUUAAAAUGUUGAACGGCCUACAGAAUGAUAUCCUCCAAUCUGGCAUUGACCCUGAGAAACUUUUACUGAGGUCGGCCCUUGUUGAAAAGUCACAAGAGGUGUUGAGAUUGAUGAAAGAGUUGGAACAGGCGUAUGGCUUGAUACACCAGUUGAAACAGCAAAAUGAUUUUUUCCACCAACAAUGGAACAUCAUGCACCAGCACAUUUACGUCAUCAAUAACAACAACGACAACAACAACAACAAUAAUAACAUUAACAACAUUAAUACCAUCAGUUUAGGCAAUGGUAUUAACAACAGUAAUAAUCAUAGCCCCAUGAAUAAUAAUAAUAAUAAUAAUAAUAAUAACAACAACAUAAAUAAUAAUUAUAAUGUUAUAAACAACAACAGCAACAACACAUUAAAUAACAUUUCUACCAGUUGUAAUGGUAGUAUUAGUAGUAGCGUUCAACUUGCCAGUAACAUUACAAACACUUCAGCUACUAACACCAAUAACGCCAACAACAACAACGGUAAUAACAGUCUAAUAAAUAGCAUCAAUAACGCUAACAACGACUUCAGCUGCCACAACAACAACAACAUUAUUAACGUUAAAAACAACAACAGCAUUAUUAAUGUCAACAACAACAACAGCAUUAUCAAUGUUAACAACAUUAAUAACAACACGCCACUAAGCAUUGCUUCAAACAUACAACUACAACAGCAACAACAAUUAAAUCAACAGAAACAUGAAUAUGCAAAUAACAUCAACGACAACAAUAACAGCAGCAGCACAGCAAAUGACAUCAAGAUGAACAAAUUUAAUUUUCACAACAACAACAUGAAAAACAACGCCAAAAAUAGCUACAAAAACAUCAACGUAAAUAACAACAAUACACCACACAACAUCAUGCAACCGGACAAAAAUCAACAACAACAACAAUUUAAACAAUUAUCUCCACAACAGCAGCAAAGGCACGGUCAGAAACGAACUUAUCAACAGUCAUCUUUAUCAGAAGCAGUGGCAGCCGCGACGACGACGACAGCAGCUGCAGACGCGACGACAACGACGACAGCAGCUACAGCAGCUACGCUAUCGAUAUUAGAUUGUUUCUAA